ACAAGGGUAAGAGGCAUAUGUAUAAACUAUCUCUAAGACUUAUACCACUCAAUGAUAUUUCAAUUGAUCAUUCAUAUUAAAAACUAGAAAGAAAACAAGGUUGAUUUUAUGGAUAUAUCUACCUCACAAUAUAGUGAUGCUAGUGAAUCUGGUUGGACAAAAUACUUAGACCAAUCAACUCUUUCUAAGAGUUAUUUUCAUGGUAGAGAUGUGAAGACUGAACAAGAUUUAUCAAUGGUUUCUGAUGCUUCUUCUGGACCUCCACAUUAUGAUAACAAUGAAUACUAUUGUGAGAAUUUGUGUCCUAGUCUUUCUUCUACAAUCAAAGAAUCCAAGAAGAAGAAGAAAAAGGUCAAAGAAUAUGGAAAAAGUCAACAACCUUCACCUCUUGAUGACACUGCUAGCUCUUCAUUUUUCAGUUGUCCCAAGAAGAGUCAUAAGCAAGAAAGUUUCACAGGAAAUGGAGCAGUGGAGAGUGCAUUGAAUUUUUCUGAGUCUAAAUUUGCAACAAGAAUAAAGAGAAAGACUAAAUUCUAGAAGCUUUUUAGUUUCUUUGAGUGCUCUCUUGCUGGAAAGCUAGCUUUAGAGGAACCAGGUGAUCUUGAUGAAAAAGAAAGAUUUUAAAGUAACAAUUGUCACUGUUAUUAUACUGUUGUGGAAAGAGAGACUAGAGGAUGUCAAAGGACAGAAGCUGUGCAUUUUCAAAGUAUGCCAAAAGGAAGUUUUUAUAUUUUCUUUUCCUUGCAUCUUUUUUGUUUUUAUUUUCUUUCAAAAAUUGAAGAUAAGCUAUUUUAUCUGUUGUAACUUUACUGUUGUUUUGUUUUUAAAUUUUCCCUCUGUUACUAUGUUAUUGUGGAUAAAAUAUAAAUGUUCUCCUAUUUUAUCUGUUGUA